AUGGUUGACCUGAAACGGGAAGUCGAGGCGAGAUACGCAGCGCUUGUUGACCAGCCCCCACACACCGAUGCCCAGGUGUCCAUCAUCAAGAAAUAUCUCGAACUAUUCCUGGCCACAUUCGUCUACUUUGACUAUGAUACAACACGCUCUUUGCUUCGCGGAGAGUAUAAGCAACACAACCCCGAGGUGGGCGACGGUCCCGAGUCGAUCAUUGAAUUCUCUGAACUGGCAAACAAGAAGAUCCAGGGCUUGAUUGGGAACGCAGCCGAAAGCCCCGAGAUUAGAUUCAAGCGGGUCCUUACGGACGGGGACUAUAUUGUUAUUCAGAGCCAUGUUGUGCGGUGGAAGGGGGACCUCGGUUUGAAUGUAUUCGAUAUGCUGAGACACAUCGAUGGAGAGUUUGUGGAGCACUGGGACUCAAUCUCUGAAGUCCCCAGUCAAUCGAAGAACAACAACGGGAUUUUCUAG